AUGGCUCAAAUCAAAGGAUUGAGCGCGUAUGAUCGCCCUCCUGAUGCCGUCAGAAACCGCUAUAAAGAAUACUCUAAGAUUGCCCUGUCAGACGUCGACAAUGACCCGGGCAUCCUCGACCUGCAACGACUCGAUCGUGACCAACUACCGCAUGGAGUGACCGUGACGCAGUCCUUGUCAAGCCAAGACUUGCGGCUGGCAUUUGAUGAUUUCAUUAGUGGGGGACAUUCUACUGCAGACGAGCAUGCCCCCCUUGCCGAAGAUAUACCGGUCUAUGCUCACAACUCAAUAUCCGGUCUCCUAAUGAUACCUGCAUUGUUUCCACCCACGGUCCAGAUUGAAUUGCUCUCACGCCUGUUCCACCGAGAUCUGCCCCGCCCCGAGCACCAGACAAACCUACACUUACACUACGAUGUAACAUAUCCCGAAGAAGCAGAGGACACACAGCAGCCGAAGUCGUUCUUUGAAGAUGAUCCAACUCGAACCUUCCAGCCCAAGAAUCCCCAGGUGCAUAAACCGGUCUCUGUUCAAAAUCUCUUGGAGAAGAAACUACGCUGGGUCACACUAGGAGGGCAGUACGAUUGGACAGCCAAAGAAUAUCCAUCUGGGCCUGCGCCUGAAUUUCCCCCGGAUAUUGCAAAACUACUUCAUGCGGCGUUCCCUGAAACCACCGCAGAGGCUGCCAUAUUGAAUCUUUACUCCGCCGGCGAUACGCUGAGCGUGCAUCGCGACGUGAGUGAAGACUGCGAUGUUGGUUUAAUCAGCGUGAGCUUUGGCUGCGACGGGCUGUUCUUGGUCAGCCAUGACGAUGGGAAUGGGUGCGAAAUCAUCCGUCUUCGUUCAGGUGAUACGGUAUACAUGAAUGGUGCAUCUCGCUUCGCCUGGCAUGGAGUUCCCAAAAUCCUGCCUUCGACCUGUCCGGCUUGGCUGGCUGACUGGCCUUCUUCUGGGGAGGAAUCGGUCCCUGGCAUGCCAUUGGACUCGUACGAAAUGUGGAAGGGAUGGUUAUCCCAGAAGAGAAUCAAUCUUAAUGUUAGACAGAUGGCGGGAUCGAAGUCCGUCGAGGCUAGCAAAGAGACUGCCUGA